AUGGCUGAAGAUUUACUUCCGCUGCUUGGAAUUAAUAUUGAAGAAAACGAAAGUGACAGUGAAGAUGAUACCUUGACUGGUGACCUUCCAAAUAUACACCUGCCAAUCAGGAAUCACAAGUGCAGCACCGUUUUGUUGUCUGCGUCGCCGCCCCCACCCCCGGGACCCGACCAACCAGUGCCAGCCGACGCAGAUAACUCUGAACAGACUGAGCCAGUGGACCAGACUACGCCGCAGUUGGACACAGCGAUCUGCGAAACUCCACGGCGUGCGACUCCCGUUCCAACCCCUUCGAGGCGGUCGGCGUCGAGUCCCCCACCCCCGGGGGGCUCCGCCAAGACCCCUAUGGAUGGCGCUGUUGCAAAGCGGAAGGCCGUCACCCCACCGAGUAGUGACCAGCCAGCCAAGGCCCGGCCUUCCGCGACCGACCGGGGCAGGGACGCCGCCUGGAGCCUAGCCAUCUCCAAGAUCAAGGAUUCCAAUCAUAGUGAACACGAAGGUGAAGAAAUUGAGGAACAUGUAGCCCAGCCAGAGAAGAAGAAAAAGUCUAAACAAGACAAGAAGGCUGCAGCGGCACUCCCUCUGAAACAGACCUUUGAUAAGUCACUCCCAGGAACACACUCGUACCUGGGUAAUGACUUGGAGGACAUAAGUGGUCGGACUAUACAUGACGAUGACUCGCUUGUAAUUCUGCCCCUCCUCGCUCUGCCAGGAAUUGUUCCUAUUCCAGGGUUCACCAUACCUCUACACCUGUUCCAGCACCGCAUGGUGGCUAUGAUUAAAACCAUUGCGGAAAAUGACCGCACAUUUGGGAUUAUUGAUUACAGAUACGAGACAGAUGAAUCAACAACAUCACUGGCUAAUCUUGGGACAACAGCCGAAAUCUACUCAAUAAAAUAUGAAACCGAUGAUGUAACAGGCAAUUCAACUGUGAGGGUCAAGGCAAAGGGUCGACAAAGAUUCAGAGUAAUAGAGACACGUCGUGAGAUAACUGGAAUAUUGAUGGGGAAAGUUCGUAUUCUUCCUGAAUGUGUUCUGCCUGACUGCCUGGAGGGAGCCCGGCCCCCAUCACACAGAAAGUUCUGUUGUUCCCCACUCGACCAGGACAUGGUGGUGAAAACUGCAGUCGACAGGCGCGGCAAUACACUCACCAGUGUUAACAUGGUGGUUAAUCGCCAGCUGGAUAAAUUCAGCCCUGCCAACUUAACAUGGUGGCCUCCAUGGGUGUACAGAAUGUAUGAUUCGAGAAUCUUGUGUGACAAGAUCAUACACGAACUACAGAGCUGGAACGACACUUUGAAAACAGAAUCGUUCCCCCAGGAUCCACUGGAACUGUCCUACUGGGUGGCUCAGAACCUCCCCCUUGAUGACAGUAUGAGACUCCACUUACUGAGUCUCAACUCCAAGGAGCAGCGUCUACGCUGUGAGCUAGAUAUCAUGAAGAAGUGCACCAUGUUGCUGUGUAAGGACUGUGGUUUGCAGAUCGCCAACAAGACGGAUGUGUUCAGCAUGUCCGAGGAAGGUCUGCUUGGGGCAUUCGUCAACCCGGGUGGCUACGUUCACGAGACUCUGACCCUACACAGUGCACAAAAUCUCUCUCUGAUUGGACGCCCAUCUACUGAGCACAGCUGGUUUCCAGGUUAUGCAUGGACUAUUGCUCAGUGUAAAAACUGUAUGAGUCACAUGGGAUGGCGCUUCACAGCAACUGACAGGAAAAUGAGACCCCAGAAGUUUUGGGGUUUGUGUCGCGGAUCUUUGAUCACUGGUAUUCAGAAUGCAGAUGAGAACGAAGAAUGGUCCCCAGUCAUGUGAUCAGCUUGUGUGAUCCGGCUGCAGUGUCAUGUGAUCAGCAAGUGUGGUCAGGUGAUCAAACAAUGUAGUCAAGUGAUCAAGCAAUGGUGUCUUGUGGCCAGGCUGUUUAGUCAGGUGAUCAGGCAGUGUGAUCAUGUGAUCAAAACUGGUCAUGUGACAAUGGUGACAUUUUCUGUUUAAGUGAUUAGACAGUAUGAUUUUGCAGACAAUAUGGAGCUCAAGCCAAAAUGUUCAAUAGACUAAAUACUUUUUUCAGGUAGUAGAAAUACUAAUACAGUGAAACCUGUCUGUAAAGGCCACACCUAGAAGGUUAAAAAAAGAUAUUUUUAAGGUGUCCCUCAUUCACAUGAACUGUGUUCACACUUACAGUUUAAAUAGAGAAUAACUAGUUGAUGUCGAUAUCUGCUUUAUAUAUGUGACGGUAAAAAUGGGAAAUCCCACGAGGCUCUGCCAAACAGAAUUUCUCAUUUGGCCUGAAUAGGAUAAAGCAGAUAUCCGACGUCAUUAACUGAUUAUUAUCUUUAUCCUGCAGACCAUAAAAAUGAAGUUGAAAAGCUAUUAUUUCUUUUAUUUCAGCCACAUUGUACAAUGACCUAGGGUCAA